AUGUUCCAGAAACUGCACCUGCAUUGCAAAUCAUGUGCUGUCGUCUCCAGCUCCGGCCAACUCCUGAACAAAUCAGCCGGGGCUGAGAUUGACAGUUACCCCUGCGUCAUCCGCAUGAACAGCGCCCCUAUCACUGGUUACCAGGCGGACGUGGGCACCAGGACCACAGCCCGAGUCAUGGGCCACGUCAAUCUGCUGAAGCUGAACCAGAGCCAGGCUGACCAGCACCAGAUCUUCGUCAACCGUAGCACGCGGACCCAGCGGCUGAUCAUACCCUGGCUCUUCAACACACGGGUGGACAAACGAAAGGACAAGCACUAUGCCAUUGCCAAGAACUUCUCCAAGACAUACACCAACACCGAGUUCUAUAUGCUGUCCUCCAGCAAGAUAGCAUUUGCGGAAAAUCUUUUCCAGACAAAUACCGGCAUAUCAAGGAAGGAUGCUAAGACGUGGCUUUCCACUGGCUGGAUGACUCUCAUUUUUGCUCUGGACACCUGUGAUCGCACUGAUGUCUUUGGUCUGGUCCAUGAUAAAUUUUGCAAGGAAAACCCCAACAAUACCACACCUUACCAUUACUAUGAGGUCAAUGGCAAGAAAGAGUGUGAGUACUAUAUGCAGAGUGAGACGCACCUGACGUCAGGUCAUGUCUUUGUCACCGAGAAGGCCAUCUUUGCCCGCUGGGCCCGCAAGUUUAAUCUGAACUUCCGCUACCCGACCUGGAACUUGACGCGGAAUGAGUCGGCCCCGCUGGACACGCCCUUUGUCAAGAUCUACAAAGAGGCACAGCACAACAAGUCGCUGCAUGGGAACAAGGUGGGGGGCGGGGCACGGGGGCGGAGCCACGUCCUAAACCUCCGAAGUAAGAAGAUGCCCCCGAUCAUUGGCCCCAAGACCAAGGAGGAUACAGAGAAAGAGAAAUACCAGCGCUUUACGCAUGCUGUCAUGUUUAUCGUCGCCAUCUUCUUGAGUCUUGUUGUCUUCCUUCUCCUGUUCUUACUGGUUUCUAUCCUUACCAUCUGAAGAAGCCAGCGGUUGCUGUGUCCAUGUGCUAGGGCCAACAACCCUUGUUAGGCCCUCGUCCAUGGUCAGGGGCCAAACUGCCUUGGACCCUUUCUCCCAGUUUACUUCAGCAGCUGUCUUGCCCAAUGUUAAAGAACCCUCUAGCUUCCUGGUAAUUUUUGUCUGGUAAGAUGUUUUUCGGCUACCAGCUGGAAUGAUGCAUUUGAGAGGAAGGAAGACAGAGCCCAGAUGAUAGUUGAUUUGGAUUUUGCUACUGUUUCCUAUUUUGUUCUAUCUGCUUUGAAAUCAUGGAACCAUUCUAUUCAGUUUUCAUUCCUUACUCUCAUUUUCACUUGUUUAUUUCUUACAGAAUCCGUAUUCCACGCAUUCUACUAACUCAUCACUCAUUUCCAAUUCUUAUACUAAAUAGCAUGUGACAUGUUUUCAGUGACUUCAUUUUCCGAUCAACCGUUGAUCUUUCUGCAUAUUAUUUGCAUAAUGACUGCUGCUGAAGGUCACCUGGGGGUCACUCAGAUACUGUUUCACCCCUGCCCUUCAUAUUGCAUGAUGUGUUACAAAUGAUACAUUUGUUUUAUUUCUGAGUUUCUGAGUGCCCGAAAUGACGAGCCAUGGUUACAGCAAAAGGAGAUGUAAAAAAAAACCCUGAAACGGACAAUUAGCUAGAGUUUUCAGACUCAUGCAUACCUCACAUACUCUGCAAUAAGGUGUCUGAUCAGAUUGCCCCUUUAAUAAUUAAAACAAUCUUUCCAUUCGUAACAUUCAAAUGAAACUGGGACAUUCUUCAGGACAAACCAGCUCAGUUAUUGAAAUACAAAGACAACCUACCAGUGGUUGUUAUGCAUUAAGGAGACACAGAGGAAGUGAAGCAGAUGGUUUCAGGACCUGCGAGUAACCAAUUUCAUUUUGUUUGCCAACUCCCAAGAAAAAAAGCACCCCCGUGAAAUUCCCUCCGUUUGCAAAUUGACAUUUUCAACUCUUGACAUUUCGCCACACUGUAAGAUGCUAAGAACAAAAGGAAGCAUUUCCUACAUGUUGCUGUAGUUUCUCUGCCAUGGAACCCUCGUAGAGUGGCCAUCUUGUUUUCUGUUCUCACAUUGCCUUGAGAUGCAUGUGUGAACCAGUCAGGUGUAUCUGACAUGGCAAACAAACACUGAAAGUUUAUGAGUGCAGCAAUGGGAAUGUUCUUUCCAUUUCAUGAACGUGAAAUCUGUUUCAUGCAAUGCCUGAACAAAUCCUUGUGUAAAACUUAGCAUUUUCCUCUUUCCAAUUUUCAAUUUGAAAUGAGAGAUUGUCAUGUUCUGAUGUACAAGUUUGUUUCCAGUCAUCAAGUAGACACAACGACGUAGAGUGAAAUCAGUUACUGGCACUUAAUGACAUUUGGUCCAAUCCUUCAGACUUUAUCAGGCAACCAAAGACUCGUGUACCCUCCCAAGCUGUUCGACACAUGACCUUUCAAACAGGUUUUCAGUUACCUGAUGAAGUCCAAAAGUUUGGGAUGAAAUGUCAUCAAAUAAGCACCUACAUUUAAGAUCGAUAGAGUUAUUGAUUUAGUUUUAAAUGUAAGAUCUAUCGAGUUAUUGAUUUAGUUUUACAUGUAAGAUCGAUUGAGUUAUUGAUUUAGUUUUACAUGUAAGAUCGAUCAAGUUAUUG